GCUGCAAGUAGGUUGGCUCCAACGCCAUUGAGUACUGCAGUCGCGGUCCAGUCUCCCUGCCUCGAGGCGUUAAUCACCAACAUGACGUCGCACUCCUACAGCAUCUCAAUAAAAGCGAUGUGCCCAGUCUACACACGACCAUCUUCAAUCAUCUCUUGUGCUCAUAGGAUACCCAACGCAUAGCUCAUCAUCAUCCUAGUAUUUCUUCUUCAUGGCAUACGCACACUAUCAAACAACGCAGCAGAGUGAAAAGUGGGGAACCCCGGAGUACAGGUUUGGGCAACCGCCAACGCCAGGCUGGGAGCCCCAGGGACAUUGGGGCGGCCAGGACUACUUCUCUGCACAUGCGCUCAGCGGCGAUCAAGCAUUCUACCAAUCCGUCAUGGGACAGAUGUCUGCGGCAACAGGCAUCGGCUUCAACGAAGCUAGGUAUUGGCAUCGUCGUGUAUACGGUGGCUUAGUAAACCUCUCGCAAGUCCUCCCCGCGGAUAUCGGCGCCGCGGCCGCGUACGAGGCCUACCGCGUCUGCAAGUACCGCCGCCAAAACGUCUUCGACCCGCUCGGACAAGACAUCGAGCGACAGCGCGAGGCGCUCAUCGCCAUGGCCAUCGCGGAAACGACACAGCUCUGGCAGUUCACAGGACGAGCGCUGGAUUCGUACGGGAAGCGGGAUGCUGCAGAGGCAGCAGCUGCGACGGCGUCGCGCAUCGCGAGAAGGGUGCUCGUCCAGGAGGAAGCCGGAGGCGGAGCCAUGGGGGCGGGCGUGAUGCCUGGUGCGGCUGGCAUGGGUGCUGGCGUGAUGCCUGGCGCAGCCGGCAUGGGCUACGGCGGUAUGGGAGGGAUGGGCGGAGGAAUGGGAGGAGGAAUGGGAAUGGGAGGCGGAGGCAUGGGGGCGGAGGCAUGGGGGGCGGAGGCAUGGGAGGCGGAGGCGGAGGCAUGGGCGGAGGAGGGAUGGGAUACAACGGCAUGGGAGCAGGAGGUGGAGGCAUGGGAGGAGCAGGCAUGGGCAUGAGCAGCGCGCAGGGAAGCCCCGGCAACCCCGUCGCACGCGACUUCGGCAACGGCGUGGGCGGGCGGCCGCGCGGACUCCGGCGCGUGAGCUCCGCCUCCGUCGUGGGCGGCGCGGGGAUGCGGCCGGGGAUGGGCGGG